UUUUACUACGGAGCGGUCCGUCCUCAUAAUUCUUCCGUCUAAACAUGGCGGAGUAUGUGAACCUCGUCCGAAGGGCUUUGGGACAGAUAGGAGGUCAUGGAGGAGUCCGAGGGUUCUUCCUUCAGUUAUUCAGGGUGAACGAUAUAAAGACAGGAACCCUGAUUGGUGUGGAUAAAUAUGGAAACAAAUACUAUGAGGACAAUAAGCACUACUUCUUCGGGCGUCACCGCUGGGUAAUCUACACAACAGAGAUGAAUGGAAAAAACACCUUGUGGGAGGUGGACGGCAGCAUGGUCCCAGCUGAAUGGCAUCGCUGGCUGCACUGUAUUACAGAUGACCCUCCUACAACACAUCCACCAGUGCCCAAGAAGUUCCUGGCUGAAGUCCAUCAGUUCAACGUGAGCGGCAGUCCCCAGCAGUAUGUGCCCUACCCCACCACCAGAAAGAAGAUCCACGAGUGGGUCCCGCCCAAAGCCGGAGCUCAGUGAGCUCGGACUACAUAUUUGUAAAUUAUGUUACCCUGCCAUGUCAACAAUAAAGAAUAUAUUCAAACAUU